AUGAGAAAUCUUAAAUCACAUACUUCAAUCAAUGCUUCGGUUCAGCUAUUGGAAGUCCCAAAAGAGGGUCGGUUCAACAAAGCAUUGCCAUCAAAAGAAAUCCUUGAGGUGUGGUGCAAUGCUGAUGUUGUAUGCUUUGACGUGGAUAGUACAGUAUGCCUAGAUGAGGGCAUUGAUGAACAUGCUGAGUUCUGCGGAGCUGGCAAGGCUGUUGUAGAAUGGACUACUAGAAUUUCUCGUGGGAUUGAUGAAUUAGUCAAGAAGAUGAAGGCUAGAAACACUGAUGUUUAUAUUAUCUCUGGAGGAUUUCGCCGAAUGAUCAAUCCUGUUGCAUCAAUUCUUGGAAUUCCUGUUGAUGGUGCAACUGAUCUUGAGGCAAAAAAGUGUUCAUCUUGUCUAGUUUGA